AUUUUAUUUCGGUCUACAAACUGUACACUUCUGCGGCUCUGCCUUGAAGACUAGAUGGCCACCUUAAAUUCCUUGCGUAUUCCUGCACUGUUUUUAUUUACGUUACUGCUUGGAACUGAUGCCUAUUUCUAUAGCCGGCAAAGUGAGUGUCAUUUCAGCUCAAAUGACCUGCAUGACUUGGAGUACAUUGACAGAUUACUCUUUAAUAAAUUGGAGUUCAUGAGAUAUAACAGCACUCUGAAUAAAUUCAUUGGCUACACUGAACUUGGGGUGAAAAAUGCUGAAAUAUGGAAUACUGAUGGAACUGUGGAACGAUGGCAUAAAGAUCUGGAUGGCUACUGCAGGCAUAAUGAUGGCAUCUACUCUACAGCCAUACUGGACAAGAAAAAUAUACCCAAACCCACCAUCAAAAUCAGAUCUGCUUCACAUAGCAGUCACAAGCACACCUCCAUGCUAGUCUGCAGUGCCUAUGACUUCUACCCCAGAGGAAUCAAAUUGACCUGGCUGAGAGAUGGGAAGGAGGUAACGCAUGAUGUCACCUCCACGGAGGAGCUGGCUAAUGGAAACUGGUUAUAUCAGAUCCACUCACAUCUGGAGUACACACCCAAAUCAGGAGAGACCAUCUCCUGCAGGGUAGAACAUGCAAGUCUCCCUAAAGGCAAAGAGGUUAAGUGGGACCCCAACAUAUCUGAAGUAAAGAGAAACAAGGUGAUCAUUGGUGCCUCUGGCCUGGUGCUGGGGCUAAUAAUCACAAUUGCCGGAGUGGUCUAUUACAAGAAGAAAUCCACUGGGAGAAUUCUGGUCCCAUCAAGUUAAGAUAAGGUGCAGAAUUAUUAAGCAACUGGAUCAUGAGGAUGAACUCUGUGUUUCUUGGUGAUUGAAAACUUAGUCUACAUAUUUUUAAUCUAAUUUUUAAAUAAUAUGUUGAUGCAUUCAAUGUUGUUUUGCUUGGAUUGGAUAUAGAUUCAGAUGUUUUCACAAUAUGGAAAUGGCUUUUCUUUCGUGUUUUAACAACCAAUAUAUUGAAUCGUUUAAAGGGUAGCAGGGCAUUGCUUCACAAAUUCUUAUCAUCUGUCUUUAAGAAUUAAAUUAAAGAAGAGACUUGUACCAUUCAGAAACUUGAGAAACAAAUUCAUGUUGGGGCAUGUACAUACAGUGUACACAAAAGUUACACUAAAAUACAAAACAAUUUAAAAAAAAACACCUUGUAUUUUUAUAGUUUAGCAAUAAAUAUCUACAUCAACAAAAAUAUUGUAUCAUCAUUUGUAAAUGAAUAUGAAUAUAGUAAUGCAUGUGUAAAUAUCAUCCUGUAUGAGUCAACUCAUUAAAUAAAGAAUGUAAUGUCAUCUACGGUCGGUUGUGACAGACUGAGGUGAUGUUUACAUUUAAAUGUUA